CGUCGUCAACGUUAACGGUAUCUGUCAACGUUUAUUCCCCUCAAUCUCUGAAGGGUCUUUCUUCCCUUCCCCUUCUCUCCUCUUCUCUCUGUAGACAUGGAGUGCUGCUGAAGAUUCUUUGUGAAUAUUUCUAUUGGAUUCAAAAUUAAAAUAUUUCUAAAAAGGGAGUGUGUUUAUAGAGGCUUUUUGUAUAUUUGGGGUUUUGUUGUGAGGAAUUAAAUAGUGGUAAACAGAUGGGGGAAGAUUUGAUGACAAGUCUGUCAAUAGAUAAUUAUCAAUUAUCUACAUUCUUGUCUAUGGACUCAAUUGCUGUUACUUCCCAUGAGGAAUCAGACAGAGACAUGAAUAGGGAGAUUGUGAUUUCGAGGCCACCGGAUAUUAAUCUCCCGUUAUAUGUGGAACGUAGCCCUCCUCCUCCACCUCAAUCGUGGAACCAUGACGUUUUUGAUAUGAUGGAGGUUGGACUUGGACACCAGAUUAAUGAAUGUUAUGAGCUUCUUGAUUUGUCUGCAGUUGGAAGGAAAUGUGAUAAGAUAUUAGAUAGUGUUUGGGGUGCUUGGUUUUUCUUUACUUUCUACUUUAAGCCUGUUUUGAAGGAGAAAUCUAAGUGCAAAGUUGUUCAAGAUAGUAAUAGGGUGUCUGGAUUUGAUAAGUCUGAUCUCCAGCUUGAUGUGUUCUUGGUUCAGCAUGACAUGGAGAAUAUGUACAUGUGGGUUUUCAAGGAGAGGCCUGAAAACGCGCUGGGGGAGAUGCAGUUGAGGAGUUAUAUGAAUGGACAUUCUAAGCAGGGCGAGCGUUCAUUUCCAUUUAGCGUUGACAAGGGUUUCAUGUGUUCACAUAAAAUGCAGCAUAAACAUCAUAGAGGCCUCUCCAAUCUGGUGUGUUUGCAUGGAAUUGAGCUUGUUCCAUCACCCAAUUUAUCAUGUAUUAAUGAGGAAGAGCAGAAGAAGUGGAUGGAACUUACUGGUAGGGAUCUCAAUUUUUCAAUCCCACACGAAGCUAGAGACUUCAGUUCAUGGCGGAACCUUUGCAACACAGAUUUUGAGCUUCAAAGAUCGAUCCCUUUACCGAAGAGUAAUUCUCAUCUUCCUUCAAAAAAAUUACUUAAUGGUACUAGUCUUCACUUGUCAACUCCAGCAUCAAACCAUGUGAAUAGCAGUGGUUUAGAGCUCUCAUCUGAUUGUGGUAAGAAAAGAAAAGACUUCUUUUCUCAUGGAAGUGAUGAAGAUUGUUCCUUGUCGACUAAUCCCAGUUUAAACAGACAUCAAGAUGGAGAACCACACACUAUUGCACCAUCUUGGAUGAAUGAGUUUUCGGGUGUAAUGAAGAACGUGUAUGGGCCAGCCGCUGCUGCAAAAGUUAUAUACGAGGACUCAGAAGGAUACGUGAUUAUGAUAACCCUACCUAUUGUUGAUCGUGAAAAGGUGAAAGUUCAUUGGUGGAACAAUAUUGAUCAUGCCAUUAUAAAAAUAACAUUUGUGAGCACAGCUUGCCCCCCAUUUGUGCUGAGGAAUGGUAGAACAUUCAAGCUAACUGAUCCAUCUCCAGAGCACUGUCCUUGCGGUGAAUUCACAAGGGAAAUUUCACUUCCAACUCGAAUACCUGAUGAUGCGAAGCUAGAAGCCUAUUUUGACAAGAGUGGGUCUGUACUUGAAUUGAAAGUUCCCAAAUAUGGCACAACUCCAGAAGUGCAUGAAGUUCCUGUUUGUCUUCGACCUCCAAAUGAGUUUAAGUUGUCGUGAGCUAGGUAUUGAUUGCAGAAAGUGUAAGGUAGACCAGAUAGAAAAUUUCCAUUCUUUCUUUAAGUUUUGUUUUUAGGGGGAAAUUCAAUCAUUGUUGAAUUGCUACACAGUCAAAGGCCUCAUAUCUGAUGAUACCACCUUACUUAGAUCCUUUGCUGCUGCUCUUUUUGAGGCUGUUCUGGAGCACUGCUGAUUUGCCUACAAUGUGAUGCAGAGCAAAGCAUGUUAUUAAUGUAAGUGGACAUAUAUGUAGCUAUUUUUAAUGAAUCAAAUCUAUAGGAAAAAGAAAUGCGUUUAGUAGUCUGAAUUACAAUGAGCCAUUCUGUUACUCUAGGAAUAUGAACACACUGAUUCCGACCUAGUGUUUUCAGACAAUAAGAUCUACUGUUUUUCUUCUUUUGGUGUUUCUGACGUUACAUAAUGCAAUAGAGCUCUGCAUAGUCUUAGUAUCUGUGUUCCUCUCCUAUGGUACCCUCUGAGUUACAUAUCAUGUGAUGCACAGCUGAACAUAUUGUAAGUGCAAGUGGAGACAAAUGUAAAAUGAAUCAGAUAUUGAAUACCAGCUUAUAAUUUUCAGAAGUGCAAAAUGAUCCAUUGCUAUUUUGAGCUGGAUUGUUUUAUCUACAGUAUAUGUCCUUUUUGCUUUGGUUGAGAGUUGAUAUAUGUAUUCCCAACCAAGUUCCAUUUUUUCCUCCUCUUGUUGCUUUUGAAUUGUGAUCAAUGCAACUAUGUAUCAUCUGGUUAUCUGCA